UAGUGACAGCUAUAUACCAGUUAUUACUAAGACUACAAAGAGCGGAAUUGACAAUUUCUUCUCGGAUGUCUCAGGCGAUGUCAUCUCGCGGCGGCUCGUCCUCGUAUCUCAGGAUUCUCAGGAAUACGAUUUGACUGAUUUGAGGCGGGUGACGCGGGUGUCAUGCGGCGUACAGCCGGGACAGCCGAUGGGAUUAGCGUGAUCCGUGAUCUGCGGUCGUCUGCAUACCCGCGUGUCCGCGCGGUCCGUGAUUCAGGGCACGUCGUCGGCGGACGGCUACGCCUCGCGACUCUCCCGCGCCCGAGAUCAGGAUGCCGGAACGAAUCGAGAUCGGUGUUAUCCCAAAUAAUUUGAGGCACGAGGAGACUAUAGUUCAAAUAGCGGAAGCUCUGGACAAUCUGGGCGAUGCUGUCACAUAUAUAUUUGAUUGCAUCGACAGGAGGCUCUCGCAGAAUACUCAGAGAUUAACCAACGUUAAAGAGAGGGCCAGGAAGCUGGAGGACAGAUUGCACUAUUUACAGACUAAUUUAAAUCUAAAAGCGGUGAAAAUGUAUUCCGCUGCUAAAUAUCCGGCUAAUCACACUUACAAGGAGUAUCAGAUGACCAUACCGCCACAGCGCGAGCAUGCCGCUGCUAUACCAAGCAUUUACAAAUGUUCCGUGCCUAUAAAGGAUAUCCCCGAAGCAUAUUUAUCCUCUAAUUGCAAGACGGAGGACGGCCAGUACGCCGCGAAUGUCAGCCUCCAAGAAAAACUCCAGUUUUAUCACGUGCGAUCGAAGGCCGGCAAAAAAGAUAACCUUGAGGAUGAUGUGGAACCAUUCCCGCCGCAAUUAUCCUCAGUUAGUGCCCUCCUACUGUUCGACAGCAUGGAUAGCCCAUACGAAAAAACGUCCAUGCGAUCGUCGCGUCAAUCAGCCGAUAAGCAGCAAAUUGAGGACGCCCCAGAUUCGAUUGUACAACCGUGGCUCUCGUCAGAAAUGGACGCGUCUUCCAGCUAUUUGUAUACCCCAACCCUUGGAGAGGUUCCUCAAAUAAAUGUGCCGCUGACGCUCCCAGAUCUACCAGGCAUUGUGGAUGACGAGAAAUUUGUGCUCGAUCUCAACUCCCAAAGUCCUAUCGCGCCGUCAUCCGCGGUCACGACGCCCACCGUUCGUUUAGAUCUACCGACGCCGAUCAGUGACGAGAGAGAUUCUCAGUCGAAGACUGAAGAUAGUGCUCCACACUUGCCUGUUUUAACUGGAACCACAUCUGCUACAACUGCAUCGGCACCUGCGCCACCACCUCCACCGCCUCCUACGGUUACCGUAAACGCAGAUAGUGUCGCGAGCAAUGAAAAAAUUAAUUUUCAACAAGUUAUGGCACCUCCUCCGCCACCACCACCGCCGCCACCGCCGCCGCCACCGCCACCACCAAUUGCAGAACCGUCUGUGCCUGCGUCAAGUGACGAGAAGAAGGACAGGACAGCGAAACGUCCGCCUGCGACAACCGGAACGGACGAUCGUUCCAAUUUGAUGGCGGCGAUUCGAGACGCUGGCGGAAUAGGCAGAGCGAAAUUGAGGCCUACCGUAUCGGACGAGAAGAAGGAUGAUCGAUGGUCCUCGGCUUCGGUCGGGGGAGAUCUGAUGGCGGAUCUGCAUGCGAAACUGGCACUGAGACGUAAAGGCAUCGCCGGCUCUACGGUAGGCGCGCUAGAGAGAAUGUCAAGCUUGAUACCGCCACCCCCGAAACCGAACGAAGCGUCCGCGUCGGACAGAAAUUCCGCCACCAGCGAAUACGACUCUCAACCCGAUACGGACGAUUGGGAAGAGUGAUUGCUGCUGUUGCGAUAAUUGGCAGAACAGUGUGCCAUCGAACAAUUAUAUUGUAACGAACGAGGAAUCGAUAACAAAUGGCUUAAAUUAAUCAGCAUUCGCAUGUGAAGACUCAGGGGAAUUUUUUAUUGGAUAAAUCCAAUGAAGUAGAAGGAUAGAUAGAAUCAUAAUACGCAGAUCUAGAGUUACAUUAUUUUUUUAUUCAACAGAUCUGAAAAUACUGUUUGAAUUAUAAAUUUCACUUGCAUCCUGUGGUUACUAAUCAUAUCUUUUUUUUUCUUUAGAGAAUAAUUUGUACAAAAAUCUAUGUUGAAUAUAUAAUUUUGCUAAUAUUACAAUAGUUUGAGCAAAAUAAUAUUACGUGACUAUAUUUACAGGCGAAUAAAUUACAAAGUUUUCUUAGGGAUGAUAGAAGAAUCGUUACAAAAGAAUAAAAGAAUAAGUAAUAGAAUAGAAAAUUUUAUUUUAUCCGUCAAUACAUUUUUUCCAAAAAAUUAUUU